GGAGGAGGAGGAGGAGGAGGAGGAGGAGGAGGAGGAGGCGCCCCUGGGGGCUGCGGCGUGGAGGCACCGCUGCCCGUGCUUUUCGCGACUCGCCGGCGGUCUCCCGUGGUGGCGGGCAGCCCGCGCGCCUUUCGCUCUGCCCGACAGGACGGCUCGCUUCGCAGUCGCAUCUCGGCAUCGAUGUGUUCUCGUCGCUGCCUUUUUUCCGCGAGGAGGAGGAGGAGCAGCAGCAGCAGCAGCAGCCCGCGUCGGGGCGCGGUACACGUGAAUCUCAGUUUAUCC